CUGACUUUGACUUUGGUCAGUGAGGGCCUCAUACAGCUUUUUUAGCAGCAACUCAAUCCCAUUUCUAUCCGCCUGACACACCUCGACUCUGAGCAGAGCUCACCGGGGCCCCGCAGCUGAGAGACAGAGAGGAAGUAAAGAAAGGAAUAAAGAGGAAACAGGGAGGAAAAGAGAGAAAGAAACAUGAUGACCCAAGAACAGUGCACUCAUAGGAACAAUGUCCAGAGUUCAGAGAAACCACAAGUGUACAAAGUGGGAAUAUAUGGCUGGAGGAAACGCUGCCUUUACUUCUUCGUCCUGCUGCUGAUGAUCCUGAUCCUGAUCAACUUGGCACUAACUAUCUGGAUCCUCAAGGUCAUGAACUUCACCAUAGACGGCAUGGGCAACCUGAGAAUAACAGAGAAGGGCCUGAAACUGGAAGGGGACUCGGAGUUCCUCCAACCCCUCUAUGCCAAAGAAAUCCAAUCCAAACCAGGCCGUCCGCUGUUCCUGCAGUCGUCCAGAAACAUAUCGGUCAAUAUUGUCAACAGCAACGACCAGCUGCUCACACAACUUGUAACAGGAUCCAGUGGAUUUAAAGCACGAGGCAAGAUGUUUGAAGUCAAAUCCACCUCUGGGAAGCUCCUCUUCUCCGCCGACGAGCAGGAGGUGGUGGUGGGCGCCGAGAGGCUCCGGGUGAUGGGGGCCGAAGGAGCCGUGUUCAGCAAAUCAGUGGAGACGCCACACGUCAGGGCCGAGCCGUUCAAAGAGCUGAGGCUCGAGUCUCCCACACGCUCCCUACUGAUGGAGGCUCCUAAAGGCAUCCAGAUCCUGGCUGAGGCAGGAGACAUCCAGGCUAUCUGCAGGAAUGAGCUGCGACUGGAGUCCAAAGACGGAGAGAUCACUCUGGAUGCCCGGAGGAUUCGCCUGAUGCGGCUGCCUGAGGGGAAGGCCUCCACCAGCUCCUCGUCCUCCGGGACCAGGCAGACUGUGUACGAGGUUUGCGUUUGUCCCAACGGGAGGCUUUUCCUGUCCCAGGCCGGCACUGGAUCCACCUGCCAGAUCAGCAACAAUGUCUGCCUCUAGGACUGAUACAUACAAAUAUAAAUAAAAAUACCGAUAUCCUGAAAGAAAAAAGGGCAAAAACAGACAGAAGAACACAUUUUGCCCGCCACCAGGAUUAAUAAACAGCAAACACUACACACAAAGACUGCCGGAACUGAGGGAAAUAUCAACAAUCUGUACCUAUACAGACACACUUAUGUAUACACAUUACAAUUACACACUCAGACUGAUGUUUAGGCUAAACCGAUAUGUUUUAACAGGCCAAUACCGAAAAUUUUGGAUUGAAGCUGCUGACAGCUGAUCUUUUGUGCCAAUAUUUCGAUGCUAAAAGAUAUUUUCUUCCUUAGUUUUCUACGUUUCAGAGCGGAAAACCUUUGAAAUCAGCAUUUAGAGCAUCACGGGACACUAAAACUCUCCACUGUGUGUCAAACACAUCUCUCUAAGCUCUUUAUACAUACAGCACUGCGGGAGUUAUUAGGCUUUUAAACUGAAUUACAUGAUUGAAAGAAAAAAAGAAAUAAAAAAGGUUUCAUUGCAGGUUUUCACAACUUUUUUAUACAACUGAGGUCAUAUUUGGAAUAUACAUAGGACACUGACUGGAUGUUUAAUAUAAGUAAUGACAGUAAUGGUAAUAUAUCGGUCCCAACCUAACAGUCAUACACAACACUGCUAUUUAUUAAUAGCGUACACACAUACGGCAGAUGCACACACUAGCUUAAAGACAUACAUUCACGCAGUAUACAUGUGGUAUACGUGGUGUACACACACACACACACACACAUUCACACACAAACUGACACUCUAUGCUCGUAGGAGCCUUCUGGUAGAAACUGAGAUGAAGAUCUCCACAGAUUUACUAGGAGAGACACUGAUCUGUUCCCUUUCUCCCUCAAGCGCAUUUCAGUACGAGAAUCACUAGGGUGAUCACCCAUGGCAACAGGCCCCACCCACUCCCCCUCCCCUUCAUUCUCAUCCCCUUUUUCCUCGUCUUCUCUUUUUGUUCUACUCUGAUGGUUACCCCAGCUGAGAUAUCUGAAGGGUUUAUACUUUUCCUGUUGUUCAUAAGGCAUUUUAAAGCCCCAUAGGAAUGCUAUAAGCACUUAGUCACAACUAUUCAGGAUAUAAGAUGGUGUAAUGAACAUGAAGACAUGUCAUGGAUGUAUUAUAAGAACUAGAUACCAAAAAGGCACCCAUUUAUUUGCUCGGCCGGUACAAAAGCAAAAAAGAUUUCCAGUUCAAUGGUCUGCUCGGCCAUUAGACUUUAUUUUGGGAUUAUGUCACUCAUGUUCAAAUCACUUUUCUAGGUUCUGUGAAAGUUUCUUCCAAUAUAACACCUUCAUGGAUUGAAAUUGUACAGUGGCCUCUGGGGUGACACCGUUUCCAGCUCUCUUAAUACAUCCACUGGACUUUGAUAUUUUUCUAAGGCGGCCUUUUUAAGGACCACAAUUUCAGUCGGAACACAUACCAGAUCAAGAA